AUGGCCGUCCUACAUAUCGACGCGAAGUUUGCAAGCGAUCUCUGCUACACGCCCGGCCAGCAAGUUCGCGUGAAGCAAGUCAACCAGGAUUCAAUAUUGGUUGAUCUUGGCUUCGCCCUGGCCUGGGUAAAUGCAAGGGACGUGUCCAUCGCGCAGUCGCCUGGGGGAUCUCAAAAGGCAGCGUGGAGAGGCCCGCCGGAUACCGGGGCACAGGAAUGGGGAAGAGCAGACUGGACGGACUGGACCCAAAGCAAUGCCACGC